UGAACUCUCGCGAUACUUGGAGCAGCCGCAGCUGAGCUCCUAGAAGCAGAGCUGGAGACUUAACAUGUCAACAAAAGAGAUAAAUUGUCACCACACAGGCAUGUAAAGGUGAACUGGUGUGAAAAAGCCCCUCAGGUACCCCCACCUGGACCCUCUCUGCGUCCUCCUGCAUCUUCGCCCACUGUAACCAUGACGACCCCUCCCAUCGUGACUCCGUUUGGAGGGCAGCCGCCUCCGCAGCAGCAGCAGCAGCAGCAGCAGCAGCAGCAGCAGGCCCAGGCAGCGCGAGACGUCAACACGGCCUCCCUGUGUCGCAUCGGCCAGGAGACCGUCCAGGACAUCGUCCUCAGGACCAUGGAGAUCUUUCAGCUGCUCAGGAACAUGCAGCUGCCUAAUGGAGUCACCUACCACCCCAACACCCACCAGGACCGGCUGGGGAAGCUCCAGGAGCACCUCCGGAUGCUCUCCGUGCUCUUCCGGAAGCUGCGCCUCGUCUACGACAAAUGCAACGAGAACUGCGCCGGGCUGGAGUCCAUACCGCCAGAGCAACUGAUCCCCUUCGUGGAGGAUGACGGCUCCAAGCACGAGGAGCGCCCAGCCGGGCAGGGCCGCCCGGCCAGCGAGGACAGGAGGGAGAUCCUGGAGGUCAACAAGAAGUUGAAGCAGAAGAACCAGCAGCUGAAGCAGAUCAUGGACCAACUCCGCAACCUCAUCUGGGAGAUCAACUCCAUGCUGGCAGUCCGGAGCUGAGCCCCACACUCACACACACACACACACACACACACACAUGGAGGGAGGACGGGGGACGGGGGGUUAACUGGACGUGUGACAGGGUACCUCGGCCAGGCUGAGGCUGCACUUUAUGGACAGACGAUGGACUUCCAGACCGGGCUGAAGGCGGCGCACUCCGCUCUGUCUACCUCCACGAGUUCUGCAUUUCAAUCAGCAUCGAGACUCCUGAGCUGAAGAUAUAUUUGAUAUAUUAUGGUUUAUCUAUUUGUAGAUAAUAGCUGGUUAGAGAGACGGCUGCUGCUUCUAGAGACACAUCGAUAUAUUUAAUCGUCAUAUUGAUAGUUUCGUAGUAGCAGAAGCAAAAUGUUUAUAUUGCCCAAAGAAGCUUCAGUCAGACAGACGCACACUGUGGCUGAGAAUCAGCGGCUUCGUUGUGAACAUGUUGUGCUUUAUUUCAGUUUGAUUGUGAAACUUUCGAUUGGAUUUCACGUCGUUAACAACUGCUGCUGAUCAAUAAAACCUGCUGUAAAUU